AUGGAUCUUGACGGCUAUCAGUGUACCCCUUCACUUGGUAGGCCACGGGAUAUGUCCAUGGCUGGUGUUUCCGCCUUUAGCGGUAUCCCAUCUCCCCCCGAGGUGAUCUUGUCAUCGUCCAGGACUUCCAACACCCCGGGGACUGACAUGAUGUCUGUUGAUUUUGAGUUAGGCUUGAAGGCCUCGGAAUUUACCAUGGCAGCCCCGGCCGGCAAUUCAAUUCCCGAGUUCGAGGUGGUGCUCGUUGCCGAGGGGGCGUGGAACUUCGCGCGGUGCAACCCCCCCACCUUUACCGGAAGCUGUCCGCGUACGGCGAUCGUCCAUUUAGAGUGCUUAGAGCAAAAGUCAAAGCAGGAAGGGACGUGGAGCGCGUUGGAAAAGCACAUGGAACAGUUUGACUGGGAUGUGCCUGACUUGGCGUCAGUCGUGCCUUUGACUUCUCGGACACGAGACAAGAUGCUCGCCAUCACGCAGAGCUUUCUCCAAAAGGCUCUGGACAUCCACCGUGGAGGCCAUUCUGGCUACUCGAAACAUGGGUAUUCCCGCGCUGGAGAUUGCAACUUCAUCGUCCUACCGCCCUCCAAGAUCUUGGAGUGCUUCUUGCGCAGCUACGUCCGCAGCUUAUCGGUCUACUACCCGCUGGUGGCUGCCGGCUGCGUGGACCCGAACGAGAUGCUGCAGAACAAUCGAGCAUCGACGCUACUUGUUCUCCUCAUGAUUGCUCAGGGUGCAGCAAUUAUGCCGAUUCCAGAGGCCCGCCAUCUUUCAGCAGGUCUGACUGAGACUUGCCGCAUUUCUCUCUUCGACAUUGUUGAGAAAGACGUCGAACUCUCGGCCGACCCCACCGCUCUUCGCUGUGCACUUUUAUUUAUUGUCCUUGGUGCCUGGAGCGGGGACAAGUGGCUCAUGGACAUUGCUAUGGGGCAACGGGGCAUGUACAUGUCGGUGAGUAAGACCUUGACCAUGCCGGAGUUCGGUGAUGCCGUAAACGUCGAGCUCCAGUGGCGAGCCUGGGUUCAACGCGAGACCCGGAACAGGUUGGUCUACAACUACGUUAUGCUUGACCAAGAGCUUAGUUUAUUUCACGAUACGGCCCCUUUGUUUGCCAUCACGGAACUCCAGUGCCCAUUACCCGCACCCGAGGUGCUUUGGAUGUCGACGAACUCAGAGCAAUGGUUCACGGCAAUGCAAUCGCUGCAUGAUUGCACAGCCAACGUCAACCCACAACUUCUCAGCGCCACUUCGGCUGCUUCAUCACUCUACGAGCUCUUUCAGGAUUUCCUUCAAGACAAUCUCAUGGGGCGGCAACCCAGCGUCUCUCCACAGCAACUGAGGUUGAUCUUACACCCUCUCCAAGCCAUGAUCUACCAUUUCCGCCAGACAUUUUCGUGCUUUUCCACUACAUUCAGUACGCCACACACCAGCGAAUGUUCGGUGAAUAGGAGCUCGAUGCUUCAUCGGUUGGAUGAGAUGCAGGUCUUACUGCAACGGUGGUACGACAUUACCAUGAGCCACAACAAGGAGAACCAGGGUUGCCCCAUCACCCGAUGCAACUUAAUCCUUUACCAUUUGGUUUAUCUCAACACUAUAACCGACUUCUCAGAGAUCGAGCGUUUGGCGCGCCGCGAAGGGUUCGGUGGCUUGCACUGGGAGUUACCGAUGCGACACGCUAAGUGCAUCUCUCAGCGCCAAAAGGCCAUAAUUCAUUGCGGCCAAGUCAUCCGGUUGUUACGUACCAUGCCCAAGGAUCGCCGGCCCGUAUGGUGGCCAGCCGCCAUGUACCGAGCCAUGCUCAUCCUAUGGGCGGACAGCAUUUCAAGGGUCGAUCCCGAUAUUCAUGCCGACAAGCAUGGCAAUAUUGGGGGACAAGACACCAGUCCGGUCAUGAUUGAUCAACUGACUCUCGAGGAUCCCGCCAUCAUCAAUUACAUAUGGAGCGGGGAAGGAGUGCCCGUGUUGAUACGUCCGGGAGGUUCCCCUGUUGCUGCUACGGACCCAGCUGGCAUUUUGGGGUGUGCUGUGAGGAACAUCGAGACCUGCUACGGUUCGCGCAUUGGGGACGGGAUCAAGCGGAAGCUGAUUACUUUGGGGAAUAACUGGAAUCUGAAUGUCUUGGGAGGAUCCACGCCCGGCGCUGGGUGCUAG